UUGUGCCACGUCCACUUCCGGUUCUGUAAUUUGUCCCAGACCUUCCAGACGCGUGUGCACACAAACACCACAAACACACGUGUGCACGAGUUCCGCGUGCAGCAAGACACACACCAGCAGAGACAAAGAUCACACAACUGGACCUGCCAUGGAUGUUUGUGCGUUGUCAAGACACACAAAAUUGGUUCACUUGGAUCUAAAAGGGGCACCUCCCAGGAUUACUUACUUAUAUGAGCUGAUCCAGCUUUUUGCUGAUCUCGGUGCAAAUGGCAUCCUUAUGGAGUAUGAGGACAUGUUUCCCUAUGAAGGAGAGCUGAAGAUUCUUCAGUCAAAAUCUCACCCACCCUACAGCCGUGAAGAGAUCGUUGCCAUUCAAGAUGUUGCUUAUUCCAAAGGGUUGGAGAUCAUUCCUCUGGUACAGACAUUUGGACACCUUGAAUUUGUCCUGAAGCACAGAACUUUUAGCACGUUUCGAGAAUUAAGUCACUGCCUGGGGACCCUGAACCCACAUAGCAAGCAGGGACUUGCUCUUAUAUUGGAGAUGCUGAAUCAAGUUAUGGGGCUUCAUCCGAGGAGCAAGUUUCUGCAUAUCGGUGCAGAUGAGGUAUACAUGCUCGGUCAAGGAGAGGAGUCGAAAGAGUGGUUAAGCAUUCCAGGUCACAAUGUUGACAAGCUGUUCUUCAGUCAUGUCAAUAAAGUGUUAAAAGGCAUUAAGGAGACUUACCCUAACCUCAGUGUGAUAAUGUGGGAUGACAUGCUGAGGAACAUGACCUCUGACACCAUUAAAGAGAGUGGGCUAGUUGGACUAGUGCAGCCCAUGCUGUGGGAUUACAACCCUAAUCUGGACGUGGCCCAUACUAUUAUGCUAAUGGAGAAAUACAAAGCUGCAGGUUUAUCCCAACAAUGGAUUGCGAGCUCAUUCAAAGGGUCUACUACGGUGUACACUUGUGUAACCAGCACACAAAGGCAUGUGGACAAUCACGUUCAGUGGUUAAAAGUGGUAUCUGGUCUAUCGCCUUGCGUUGACCUACAGGGCAUUGCACUCACUGGCUGGCAAAGAUAUGACCACUUGUCUGUUUUGUGUGAGUUGAUGCCCCUCGGCUUGCUCUCUCUGGCCUCGUGUCUGCAAACUCUACAGCAUGGAAGCUUUACUCAGGAAGCUCAGCACAAGGUGAUGGAGGCACUCGGCACUGGCACGACCGAAGUGGGAGAUGUAGAGAGGUUGUCUCAAGGUAGCUCUCGCUCAUAUACUGGCAUGAAUCUAGCAGAGGUCAUUGUACAGCUAACGGCAAUGCUGGAGUCUGAAGAGCUCAGACACUUUCGGAGCAGUAUGUUUGUGAGAGGCUGGUUCUCCCCUUAUCACCUACAGCAAAAGGUGAUCAACCCUCUUAUUGCACAACAGAUUCAGAAACAGGCACAAGGGUUCCUGGAAGCUGCAGAGAUCAAGGUGCAGGAGGUGAGGCAGGAGAUGAAGACGCUUUAUCCAGACUUAACCGUGGAGGAAUGGAUUACUCAGCAUGUCACACCUGUACUGAAGCCCAUUCAAGAUUUAAUGACAGAUAUUCAAGCUGCCUUGGAUGAUAUGGGACUUGAGAUAUGGGAAUCUCAAAGUGGACUUGAAGUUUCAGUUGAAUAAAAAAAAUAAGCUUAUAAUCUGUUAUUGAAAGAAGAGAAAAUAGGGAGUCAGUUUUAAAGUUUUAGUUGCUAAUAUUUUUAUGCCAUAUUGCUGGAUAUUGUGUAGAAUUGUAGUGCCAUCUAAAUGCAUUAUAAAAUUGACAGAAAAUUUAACCUACAUUCUUUUUUGAGGUUACUGGUUCUUAUCUAAGCUCUUCUGCUAUUAAUAACCAGUUAAUAGUCACCUUAAUAUCAACUAAUCAAUCAGUUAAGUAAUAUGCACAGACCACCUGUGAAUCUUAUUGCAAAAAUACUUUUUUUAAUGAUAUUAGAAUGUUUUUAGUCAUACAUUUAUGUAUAUAUGGGUAGCAAUACACUGGAUGUCAGUACUCAUUAUUAAGGCUGUUAUUAUAUACUGAAUUAAACUUGUGCAUUUUAGA